AUGGCAACGACCAAAAUCAACAAAGACGGAGGCGGAGUUACACCAAAUCUCUCGAGGACCGUCAGAUUCAAGGGACACGAGCAACUACCCUACAGAUUGAUUCUUUCCCUUCUAUCUCACAAACCUAUUAGGAUAGAUGAUAUCCGACCAGAUGACCAAGACCCUGGUCUGAAUGAAGCCGAAGUUUCGUUCUUAAGGCUCAUAGAGAAACUCACCAAUGGGACGACUGUCGAAAUUUCUUAUACCGGGACCUCGGUUCUGUUUGUGCCCGGGACGUUAACGGGAGGACACAUCACCCAUCAGACACCCCUUUCCUCCUCGAUUGGCUACUUCCUCACACCGAUCCUAGCCAUCGCACCAUUUUGCAAACACGACCUCACCUUAAUCUUGAAAGGAAUCACUACAUCCACGGACAGUCUAUCGGUUGAUGUUCUCAGAGUCAGCGGUCUACCUACUCUCGGGAUUUGGCUCGGAGAACAUGCAGGGAAACUCGAGCUCAAGAUCUCGAAACGAGGUCACCCGCCAGAAGGAGGCGGAGAAUGCUGCUUCAAAUGCCCGUCGGUCAAGCACAUCAAAGCGGGUAUCAAUUUCACUGAAUCGGGGAGGAUAUCAAAGAUCAGAGGGAUUGCUCACUCGGUCAGAGUGUCCCCACAACUUGCAAACAGAUUGGUCGCCUCGGCACGGUCGGUUUUAAAUCGAUAUAUCCCCGAUAUCUAUAUCUACACGGACGUCUAUCGAGGAGCUGAGAGCGGGAAAUCACCAGGCUAUGCACUUACGCUGCUUGGCACAUCGACGACCACCGCACUUUACACCGCCGAAGCGGUCUCCUAUCCGACCUCAACCCCAGAAGAUGUCGGGGUUCUUGCGAGCCGGCGACUCUUAAAACAGAUCUCGAGAGGUGGAUGCAUCGACCAAGGCUUCGAAUGGUUAGGGAUGUUAUUCUUACUAUUGAGCAAUCAAACAGAUAUUGGCCGGAUCAAGAUCGGCGGUCCUUUCACUGAAGCCUUGGUCGCGUGGAUCAGGGAUCUCAAAUCUGUAUUCGGCGUCCAAUUCAAAAUCUCUCCCGUCCAACGACCACUUAUUCCAGAAGCCCAGGAAGAUGAAGACUCUGAUGAAGAAGGGCAGGAGGAGGCGGAGGAAGAUCCAGCUGAUUUCAAACAGAAAAUCAACGAAAUUUUGCCUUCUGAAUAUGUAGUCAGUGCCGUUGGGUUAGGCUGGAUCAACACUGCGAAGUCGGCCAAGUAA